CACACAGGUUGACUGGAUCGGGUUGCAGUGUUGUGUGUUAGCUCUGUACUGCGGGACAGGAAACAGCUCCGUGAGUAGGAACGCGCGCCUGGGGCACUGCCGCGGGUUACGGUCCCAGCCCGAGUGCGGCCAGGGGUGUGGCUGACACCGGUCCCACACUCCCUCCUGGGCUCACAACGCCCUGGUCUGUGGCCAGCAAUGCCCGAGUCCGAGCUGCCGAGCGGUGGCAGUCUCUCUCCCGGAGCCCGAUCUCUCGCUCCCUUACUGUGUGUCAGCGUCCUGCAACUAGCUCUCAGCAUCGGCUUCAUCUGGUACUGCUGGAACCCGGGGUUUCAGAAAGAUGUCAGUGGGACUGAGGAAUUCUUACACUGUCUCAGUCGGCUCUCCAGUUUUAACAAAAGUAUCCCCGGACUGUCUGACAUGCGAAUCCAGAAGAUCUCCGACCCUUGUCUGCAGCCACUGAAAGAUCUGAAGCAACAUGUUAACAAGGUGGAUCCUGGUGCAGCAGACAAAGAACAAAGCAGGGGGUCGGCCCCCAGUCGCACGAGGAAGAGUAGAAAGAAGCUGACACCCUAUGCCCACCUCACUGUGAAGAAACUGAUUAAAACUCCUUCUGAUCUCGAGGCCAGACUUCCAGGAUUGAAAGGGAAACUCAUCACUUCUUGGGAGGAGAAGUUGGGAGUGGCACAUGUGAGAGAGAUGCGCUACAGCGAGGGGGCCUUGGAAAUCAAGCGCCAAGGCCUAUACUACAUUUAUUCCCAGAUUUUAUUCCGUUACCAUGCGGAUUAUCCCAUGAGCACAAGAGAGUAUCAGCUAGUUCAAUAUGUCUACAGGAAAAUGGCCAAAUAUCCAAAGUCAACUUUGCUUCUGAGAGGUGCCAGCACUUGGUGCUCAGGGAACCACAACUUGUAUUCGGUUUAUCAAGGAGGUGUGUUCACCUUGAACAGUGGUGACAAACUCUUUGUUACCGUGUCAAAUCUAACGCUGGUAGAUGCUGAUGAAGCAUCCAGUUACCUGGGAGCAUUCAAACUAGAUUAAAUUCAGUUUAUAUCAAUAUGGUUUUUAAUUCCCUGUCUCUAAAUAUGAAAAGUAAAUAGUCAACAAUUUAAAAAAAGAAACAAUUGUGUUUAGAUGGCCUGUUGUGACACACGUGCAGAACAGGAACUUGAAAUUGGACCUUCCACCUAGGGUUGGGAUUGUCCUACUUAAUGCUGAACAAGGAAAUUCUCAUACUAUUAAGUUCUUUGAGUUAGGUCAUUGGUCUGCUUCAAUAGGGAGAGUAAGUAGAGGCUAUCAAUCAUGUAAACAUACCCAAAAUAAACUAUUUCAGAUUGCCCAUGAGCAAUUGACAAUGGAUGUUAAUUUUGAUGGAUUCCAGACCUGCAAAUAAUGAACAGAUCAUUAGGUUUGAGGGCCAUAGCUAAUGUGAAGUUAUAACAGACCUCUCAGGACCAGACACAGACCAGAACUGCUGUUAGCAAUGGGACAUAAUAAGACCCCCUCUUUUAAGCAGCAAAGAAAAUGAGCGAAAUAAAAAUUGAAAUUGCUGGAGAAACUCAGCAGUGCUGGGAGUGUUUGUGCAGAGAAAACAGAUUUAAUGUUUUGAAUCCUGUAUGGCUUUUCUUGAGAACUGAAAGAAGCUGGAAAAUGAUAAGUUGUAUUAAAUGAUAAGUUUCCACCUUUGAUUGAAAUGGAGAUGUGCCUUUUAACAUGCCACCCCUAUGUACGUCUUUUAAAAUGAUCAAUACAACUGCAAUCUGAAAUAGACCCAAUUCCAACCUCGAUCCAGCCUGAGUUAGAUAAUUUCCAAUUUGGUGUUCACCCUUGUCUCACCUCUUGUGCACUGAACAUUCCCAAACCUGGUUCCCCAACACCGUCUCUCUCUCUCUCUCUCUCUCUCUCUCUCUCUCUCUCUCUCUCUCUCUCUCUCUCACACUCUCACACAC